AUGGAGAAGAAAUCUAAUCCAGCCGUCACAGUCGAGUCCCUCCCCAGCAUCUCGCAAGCCUCCAGCUCCAGCUCCAGCGCUGCUGCCGCUUCAGCCGCCAACCACCAAGUCCGCGUCCUCCACAAAAGCGAGUACAAGGAGGCCGCCCUUUGCCUCGCCGAAGCCUUUAAAGACGACGAUGUCGUCAUGUACUUUGUCAAAACGGGCGACCGCAAGAACUUCACCGCGGCCGAUGAGUGGAAGUUGCAUCUCCACAUCAUGGAAUGCAUUACCUAUGCGCACAUCAUAAGUGGAUUGGCUACCGUCGUUGGCCCAAACUACGACUGUGUGGCUCUCUGGAUGCCCCCGAACAAAAACAUGGACGACUUCUGCACCAUGCUCUGGAGCGGCAUGUUCGGCCUCAACUGGAAACUGUCCAAGGAAGGCAAGAAGCGCUUCUUCGACGAGUUCCUCCCCCUGCUGCACGACACCAAACAUCACGUCCUAGGCAACGACGACGAAAACUCCUGGUACCUCGUCUACAUCGGCACGAAACCGGGGUCCAGGGGCAAAGGGUACGCCAAGUGUCUGAUCGAGCAUACCACCAAGCAGGCCGACGUCGAGAACCGCACCAGCUACCUCGAAUGCAGCAACGUCCUCAACCUGAACCUCUACGGCCGCCUCGGCUUCCGCACCGUCCGGCAGAUCCGGCUCCUGCGCGGCGGGAAGCCCAUCGAGAUGGACGUCAUGACCAGAGUGCCGGUCGCGCGGCAGCUCGUGGGGAAGACGGCCGGGUUCGCGGGGCGUGAGGGGGGGAAGUGA